AUGUUUAUAAAUGAACAGUCGGAACGAGAAAAUAUUCCUGAACUGCAUGAUCUUUCGUCUAACCGCCAAACUAAUAACCGAUACCCGAACGUACAGCCUCUUUCCAGAGGACACAUGUAUAAAUCCUUACACGCUCAAGUUAACGAAAGUAUGAGUCGCUCUCCACAAUGUAGUUAUUGCAAGUCGAACCAUCAUAUAGACAACUGUACUACGUUCGACACAUUGUCCCGUGAGGAUAAAAUGUCCUUCUUACGUUUUAAGGGGUUAUGCUUCAGCUGUGGUUCUAGCACUGCGCAUUCGGCACGUUAUUGCAAGAAUAGAGUCGUGUGUAAAAUUUGCAAAAAGAAGCACCUGACGGUCCUGCAUAUAGAAUGGAAAACACGCGCCCCUGCGACUACAUCACGAUGUACUAGUGUUUGUGAGAAUGUUGGCGUGAUGGAUGGUUGCGAUAACGCCAUGAUAGUACCUGUGUGGGUAAGGGCGGCAGACAACCCUGGUCAAGAAAUGUUGUCGUAUUGUAUACUAGACGAUCAGUCAAAUAAAUGUUUUAUGUCGGAAGCUCAACAACGUGACCUUAAGUUGCCCGGAGUAGAAACGCAUCUCAGUAUAUCUACGAUACAAGGUCAAAGCGUCGCGACAUCUUGUGAACGUAUUCGAAACAUAGAAGUAUUCAGUUUCGAUCGGCAGUCGAUGAUUCCCGUAUCUUCGCUGUACUCCCGACCCACCAUUUCGUUUAAUGCAAGUCAAGUACCGCGACCCGAAGUAGCAAAGCAAUGGCCUCAUCUUAAAACGAUCGCGGAAGAAUUAACCCCGUUUAAACCUAACGUGGAAGUAGGGUUGCUGAUUGGUAGCAAUGUUCCAAGUGCGAUACGGCCAAGGCAAAUAGUGUGCGGCAAUGAAGAUGAGCCUUACGCACAAAAGUCGCUACUAGGCUGGGGUAUAGUCGGUGUUGUUUGUAAAGAUCAUUCUGAUGUUCGUGGAGCCGUAGUGCAUCGAACGGUGUCAAGUGUAUGCGCUUCAAGUAAAUUUCAUUUAACGCACCAAGCUAAAGAGAUACUGAAUCCAAACUCAGUUUGCAAAAUCCUAGAAAACGACUUUAUCGAAAACGAUAAGAGCAAUCCAAUGUCACGGGAAGAUAAAAUGUUCGUGGACUUGUUAAAUAUUCAUACCGUACGUCGAAAAGACGAUCACUACGAAAUGCCGCUACCGCUAAGGAGUGCUGAGUUAAAGCUACCGAACAACCGCCCACUCGCACUUAAGCGAUUGUUUCAACUAAGACGCCGGUUCAUAAGAAAUCCUAAAUAUUACGAGGAUUAUAAAGUAUUUAUGUCCCGUAUCCUAAAAGAUUGCUGUGAAACAAUUGAUGACAAAGAUCUAAUGGAUCAACUUAAGGUAAAGCGUUGCUUUAAGCCGGAAGGAUUCGGAGAUUUGAAGACCGUAGAAGUGCAUCAUUUUUCGGACGCCAGCGAGAAAGGGUAUGGACAGUGUUCUUACUUACGUCUUAUAAAUGAAAAUGGUGAGGUCCAUUGUUCCUUUAUUAUCGGCAAAUCAAGAGUAGUCCCUUUAAAACCUAUCACGAUUCCACGACUAGAAUUAACCGCGGCUGUUGUGUCUGCCCAAAUGAGCGCCUACCUUAGAAAGCACCUAAGUUACGAAGGCUACAAGGAAUUCUUUUGGGUGGAUAGUCAGGUAGUGCUCGGUUAUUUAAAUAAUGAUGCAAAGCGAUUUCAGGUUUUCGUUGCCAACAGAAUCCAGAAAAUCAGAGAUGUAUCGAAGCCAGAGUAUUGGUUUCAUAUCUGCGGAAAAGAAAAUCCAGCAGACCUAGCGAGCCGUGGUGUGUCAUCUUCCCAUUUACUUAAAGACGAUUCGGUGUGGCUUUAUGGACCGAACUUUCUGUGGGAUCAAAAUUUAACCGUGAAUGACGGAAAUUUCACUUUAACACAAGACGUGGAGAAACUGCUUCAAUCAGAGACGAAGAAAAGUAAGGUGUUGAAAGCCCGUGCUGAUGAAAUGGAAGCAGGUUUUUUGUUCGAUUUAUCUAGAUUAAAUAGGUUUUCUUCAUUUUUUCGUGCAAAAAGGGCGUUGGCGAAUUGUAUGAUGUUACGAGACAGAUUGCGGAAAGUAGACCUACCCCUCAGCUCACGAGUUAAUUGCCAUCGCAUGGAACGUGCUGAGCGUUUAAUUAUUCUUUGUUUGCAGAGAGAACAUUUUAGUUCCGAAAUCGAAAUUCUGAGUAAGACGUUGGAGUGCGACAAAAACAGCAAAACUUUGAAACGCAGUAAUAAUUUAUUUCGGUUGAACCCGUUUGUUGAUACCGAAGGUGUAUUGCGAGUCGGUGGACGAUUAAUCCAUGCAAAUGUAAAUAUUAAUGUAAAAAACCCUCGUAUAUUACCGCAGAAGUCCCACAUCACCGAACUAAUAAUUCGAUGGCACCAUGAAAGGAUGAACCACAUGGGUCGAGGAAUUACUCACAACGACAUUCGACAAAGUGGUUGGUGGGUGAUUGGAGGUUCGACAGCAAUUAGAAGCUACAUAAAUACGUGUGUCGUGUGUCGAAAAAUACGAAGGCCAACCGAAACACAAAAAAUGGCAAACCUUCCGAGGGAUAGAGUAAUAGACGUAGCCCCCUUUUCAUAUUGUGCUGUUGAUUUGUUUGGUCCGUUUUACGCUAAGGAAAGACGGUCUGUGUUAAAACGUUAUGGUGUGUUGUUCACGUGCAUGGCAUCUCGGGCAAUUCACAUAGAAAUUGCAAAUUCACUGGAUACCAGUUCUUUUAUCAACGCUCUACGCAGAUUUUUAGCUCGUCGUGGCCCGGUGGCUCAAAUUAGAUCCGACUGUGGCACAAAUUUGGUGGGGACAUUCAACGAACUACAAAAGGCGGCGAGAGAAUUAAACUCUGAGACAAUCUCGACCUUCCUUCUGGAGUCGAGCUGUGAUUGGAUCGACUUUAAAUUCAACCCGCCCCAUUCUAGUCAUAUGGGCGGUGUAUGGGAAAGGCAAAUUCGAACUGCCAGAAACGUUUUACAACCCUUACUUUUGCAGAACUCGCAACAAUUAGACGACGAAGCUCUUCGCACCGUCAUGGUCGAAGUCGAAAACGUUGUGAAUUCGAGACCCCUUGCCACUGAUCUUCUGAAUGAUCCCGGAGCUCCUGAACCAAUUACCCCAAAUCAUCUAUUAACAACAAAAUCACGUGUUUUAUUACCUCCUCCAGGUUCCUUUCAAAAGGCCGAUCUUUACGUUCGAUCCAGAUGGCGUCGUGUUCAGUUUCUAGUGAACCAGUUUUGGUCACGCUGGAGGAAAGAAUUUCUACUGUCACUUCAGCCAAGGCAAAAGUGGGUGCAAACAAAGAACGACAUUUCAGUUAACGACGUCGUACUACUGGACGAACCGAACUCUCCACGAAAUAAAUGGAAGAUGGGACGAGUGUUGGAGAUUUUCCACAGCGAAGAUAAACUGGUUCGACAUUCCCCAACGGAGAGCCACUAGAACUUGUAUAUGACGUAUUACUCGUUUAAUUUACUCGUUGAAUAGUUUCAGAAGUGCUGUUAAAUGCUACAGUAAGCUAAUAGAACUAAAAUAUUUAAAAAUGUUUCUAAUUUUGUGAAAUUGUAUAACAUUUUUGGGAAGCCAUGUAACUGGCGAGCGCCAGGUUGCGUAAUCUAGCAAUCAUUUAAGCAGCGCGUUUCGGCGCCAGUGUUGCCAUUUUGUGUUUAUUUCUCUGUUUGGUUUAUAUGUUUUCGUUAAAUA